AUGGAGUCUGUCCAGAUGGUGCGGAGCAGGGCCAGGUGGUGGUGGUCGCCCUUUGUCGUGGCCCUCCUCACUCUCCGCGCUGAGGCGGACUGUCCUGAAGACUGUCCAGCACGCUGCCCCGGUCAGCAGGAGGUGCAGUCGGACUUCGUCCGGAGCAAUUUCGACCUCGCAAAGUUCUGGGGUGUGUACUACGAGAUCGCGUAUCACGACAGCACCCAGCCUCGCCGGUGGCCAAUCAAGGCUUCCUGCCAGCGGUCAGUGAAGUCUGCGCAUUCAGGGGAUCCGAAGAAUUACAAGGACCUCUUCUCCUUGAACAUCGGACCGGGCAGAGGGAUCAAUGCUGUCUGCGAUUUGGAGUUCAACAUUACGAGCCAGCCGGGGGUGUUCCUCGGACACUGGUCGGGUCAUUCGUUCUUCAAUCCGAACUUAACGGACAUUGCCAACACCCUUGUGGACGUGGGCGUGGCGGCCAACGGAACCUACAACUGGACCCUGGAGUUCCAGUGCAAGAACGAUGACAACCCAGAACGUGGCAUACGGUUCGCGGCCGUGAACUUUUAUCACCGGAACCCUCUGAUCGAUGAUCAGGAUCAGGACGUGAAGUCGUCGAAGUGCGGCUGUCAACGUUUGUCUAGCCCCCAGUUGAAGCACGAAGACCGCCACAGUGAUGCAGAAAGCACUGUGGCAGGUGAGCACAGCGACAUUGAAACCGUCACGGACUCCUACCCCUCGGCAGUCCCAUCGCCGUCCUCCAGUGGCACGGCCGAUGUGUGGGAUGAUGCAGACGGCCCGUGCAACGUGGUUGUGAGGAGCACGUUCAUCGAUGUGGAUGACGGCCGAAGCCUGAUGCAGCGCUUUAAACAUUUGCGUGGUGCAAUGACGGAUUCGCUCUUGAUGGGAGCCUUUGCGGAGGAGGAGCCGUACUACCCAGGCAGAUUCAGCGAUGAAUGUGCUGAGGCGCAGAAGGCUGCUAGCGCGCCUUCUGCGCUGGCAGCACCGGCAGAGCCGAUGCCACCACCGGCAGACGCGAGCGUGGAUCAGGACGGCAAGCCCGCGACAGCCGAGCGCACCACACUUCUGCUGCGGAAUGUCCCCAACAAUUACAGCCGCGAUAUGUUCCUGGCCAUGCUGGACGAGCACGGCUUUGCCGGUCGCUACGACUUCGUCUACCUGCCCCGCGAUUUCCAGCGAAAGGCCAACCUAGGUUAUGCCUUCGUGAACUCGGUGGAUGCCGCGGCCGCGGACGCCCUGUGGCAGACCUUCGAUGGCUUCUCCAGCUGGGCCCUGCCCACGGCCAAGGUUUGCCAAGUGAGCUGGAGUGGCCUGCACCAGGGGUUCAAGGCACAUGUGGAGCGCUACAGGAAUAGUGCCGUGAUGCACAAGAAGGUGCCCGAUGAGUACAAGCCUGUCAUCUUCGAGAAUGGUGUUCGGAAGAAUUUCCCACGACCAACCAAGAAGGCCUUCGCCCGCUCCGCAUCCCGCAAAUUCAGUUCUUUGGUUUGUCGUGUACAGAUGCUCCGGGCUGCCAGCGGGCUGGAAGGCUGGGCCGCGGCUGGAAGGGAUCAGGACCUGGAGUCGUCAAGUACGGCCAUCAACAUUUGUCUAGCCCCCGUUGCCAUGUCCUGCCUGUCAUCUACCCCUACUUUGCUGGCUGUCCCCGAGUUGAAGCACGCAGACCGCCACAGUGAUGCAGAAAGCACUGUGGCGGGUGAGCACAGCGACAUUGAAACUGUCGAGGAAUCUUGCCCUUCCGAAGUCCCAUCGCCGCGCUCCAGUGGUACGGCUGACGUGUGCGAAGACGAGGAGGGCCCGUGCAACGUGGUUGUGAGGAGCACGUUCAUCGAUGUGGAUGAUGGCCGAAGCCUGAUGCAGCGCUACAGGCAGCUGCGCCGCGCAAAGACGGAUUCGCUCUUGAUGGGAGCCUUUACCGACGAGGAGCCGUACUACCCAGGUAGAUUCAGUGAUGAACGUGCUGAGGCACCGGAGGCUGUUAACGCGCCUUCUGUGCCGGCAGCACCGGCAGAGCCAGCACCACAGCCGGCAGCAGGGACGGGCCGGGACGCCAAGCACGCAAGUGCCGAGCGCACCACCCUCAUGCUGCGUAAUGUUCCAAACAAUUACAGCCGCGACAUGUUCCUGGCCAUGCUGGACGAGCACGGCUUUGCCGGUCGUUACGACUUCGUCUACCUGCCCUGCGACUUCUACCGCCAGGCCAACCUCGGCUAUGCCUUCGUGAACUUGGUGGAUGGCGCGGCCGUGGACGCCUUGUGGCAGACCUUCGAUGGCUUCUCCGGCUGGGCCUUGCCCACGGCCAAGGUUUGCCAAGUGAGCUGGAGUGGCCCGCACCAAGGCUUCAAGGCACAUGUGGAGCGCUACAGGAACAGCCCUGUGAUGCACCGAAGUGUGCCGGACGAGUACAAGCCCGUCAUCUUCAAGAACGGCGUGCGCAAGAACUUCCCACGACCAACCAAGAAGGUCAAAGCACCGACUGCAGGAACUUUGUACAGAGAAGGCAAGCAGGCGCACUGCCGCCUCUUGUCCUGUGCUGCCUUCCGGCAGCGGGCUGCCAGUGGAGAGCAGGCUGUGCUGAAAAAGAGGUACGUUAGGAGCUGUACUGGAUUCACUGAACAUGCAGAUCAGGACUUGGAGUCGUCAAGUACGGCCAUCAACAUUUGUCUAGCCCCCGUUGCCAUGUCCUGCCUGUCAUCUACCCCUACUUUGCUGGCUGUCCCCGAGUUGAAGCACGCAGACCGCCACAGUGAUGCAGAAAGCACUGUGGCGGGUGAGCACAGCGACAUUGAAACUGUCGAGGAAUCUUGCCCUUCCGAAGUCCCAUCGCCGCGCUCCAGUGGUACGGCUGACGUGUGCGAAGACGAGGAGGGCCCGUGCAACGUGGUUGUGAGGAGCACGUUCAUCGAUGUGGAUGAUGGCCGAAGCCUGAUGCAGCGCUACAGGCAGCUGCGCCGCGCAAAGACGGAUUCGCUCUUGAUGGGAGCCUUUACCGACGAGGAGCCGUACUACCCAGGUAGAUUCAGUGAUGAACGUGCUGAGGCACCGGAGGCUGUUAACGCGCCUUCUGUGCCGGUAACACCGGCAGAGCCAGCACCACAGCCGGCAGCAGGGACGGGCCGGGACGCCAAGCACGCAAGUGCCGAGCGCACCACCCUCAUGCUGCGUAAUGUUCCAAACAAUUACAGCCGCGACAUGUUCCUGGCCAUGCUGGACGAGCACGGCUUUGCCGGUCGUUACGAUUUCGUCUACCUGCCCUGCGACUUCUACCGCCAGGCCAACCUCGGCUAUGCCUUCGUGAACUUGGUGGAUGGCGCGGCCGUGGACGCCUUGUGGCAGACCUUCGAUGGCUUCUCCGGCUGGGCCUUGCCCACGGCCAAGGUUUGCCAAGUGAGCUGGAGUGGCCCGCACCAAGGCUUCAAGGCACAUGUGGAGCGCUACAGGAACAGCCCUGUGAUGCACCGAAGUGUGCCGGACGAGUACAAGCCCGUCAUCUUCAAGAACGGCGUGCGCAAGAACUUCCCACGACCAACCAAGAAGGUCAAAGCACCGACUGCAGGAACUUUGUACAGAGAAGGCAAGCAGGCGCACUGCCGCCUCUUGUCCUGUGCUGCCUUCCGGCAGCGGGCUGCCAGUGGAGAGCAGGAUCAGGACUUGGAGUCGUCAAGUACGGCCAUUAACAUUUGUCUAGCCCCCGUUGCCAUGUCCUGCCUGUCAUCUACCCCUACUUUGCUGGCUGUCCCCGAGUUGAAGCACGCAGACCGCCACAGUGAUGCAGAAAGCACUGUGGCGGGUGAGCACAGCGACAUUGAAACUGUCGAGGAAUCUUGCCCUUCCGAAGUCCCAUCGCCGCGCUCCAGUGGUACGGCUGACGUGUGCGAAGACGAGGAGGGCCCGUGCAACGUGGUUGUGAGGAGCACGUUCAUCGAUGUGGAUGAUGGCCGAAGCCUGAUGCAGCGCGACAGGCAGCUGCGCCGCGCAAAGACGGAUUCGCUCUUGAUGGGAGCCUUUACCGACGAGGAGCCGUACUACCCAGGUAGAUUCAGUGAUGAACGUGCUGAGGCACCGGAGGCUGUUAACGCGCCUUCUGCGCCGGCAGCACCGGCAGAGCCAGCACCACAGCCGGCAGCAGGGACGGGCCGGGACGCCAAGCACGCAAGUGCCGAGCGCACCACCCUCAUGCUGCGUAAUGUUCCAAACAAUUACAGCCGCGACAUGUUCCUGGCCAUGCUGGACGAGCACGGCUUUGCCGGUCGUUACGACUUCGUCUACCUGCCCUGCGACUUCUACCGCCAGGCCAACCUCGGCUAUGCCUUCGUGAACUUGGUGGAUGGCGCGGCCGUGGACGCCUUGUGGCAGACCUUCGAUGGCUUCUCCGGCUGGGCCUUGCCCACGGCCAAGGUUUGCCAAGUGAGCUGGAGUGGCCCGCACCAAGGCCUCAAGGCACAUGUGGAGCGCUACAGGAACAGCCCUGUGAUGCACCGAAACGUGCCGGACGAGUACAAGCCCGUCAUCUUCAAGAACGGCGUGCGCAAGAACUUCCCACGACCAACCAAGAAGGUCAAAGCACCGACUGCAGGAACUUUGUACAGAGAAGGCAAGCAGGCGCACUGCCGCCUCUUGUCCUGUGCUGCCUUCCGGCAGCGGGCUGCCAGUGGAGAGCAGGCUGUUCUGAAAAAGAGGUACGUUAGGAGCUGUACUGGAUUCACUGAACAUGCAGAUCAGGAUUCGGAGUCGUCAAGUACGGCCAUCAACAUUUGUCUAGCCCCCGUUGCCAUGUCCUGCCUGUCAUCUACCCCUACUUUGCUGGCUGUCCCCGAGUUGAAGCACGCAGACCGCCACAGUGAUGCAGAAAGCACUGUGGCGGGUGAGCACAGCGACAUUGAAACUGUCGAGGAAUCUUGCCCUUCCGAACUCCCAUCGCCGCGCUCCAGUGGUACGGCUGACGUGUGCGAAGACGAGGAGGGCCCGUGCAACGUGGUUGUGAGGAGCACGUUCAUCGAUGUGGAUAAUGGCCGAAGCCUGAUGCAGCGCUACAGGCAGCUGCGCCGCGCAAAGACGGAUUCGCUCUUGAUGGGAGCCUUUACCGACGAGGAGCCGUACUACCCAGGUAGAUUCAGUGAUGAACGUGCUGAGGCACCGGAGGCUGUUAACGCGCCUUCUGCGCCGGCAGCACCGGCAGAGCCAGCACCACAGCCGGCAGCAGGGACGGGCCGGAACGCCAAGCACGCAAGUGCCGAGCGCACCACCCUCAUGCUGCGUAAUGUUCCAAACAAUUACAGCCGCGACAUGUUCCUGGCCAUGCUGGACGAGCACGGCUUUGCCGGUCGUUACGACUUCGUCUACCUGCCCUGCGACUUCUACCGCCAGGCCAACCUCGGCUAUGCCUUCGUGAACUUGGUGGAUGGCGCGGCCGUGGACGCCUUGUGGCAGACCUUCGAUGGCUUCUCCGGCUGGGCCUUGCCCACGGCCAAGGUUUGCCAAGUGAGCUGGAGUGGCCCGCACCAAGGCCUCAAGGCACAUGUGGAGCGCUACAGGAACAGCCCUGUGAUGCACGGAAGUGUGCCGGACGAGUACAAGCCCGUCAUCUUCAAGAACGGCGUGCGCAAGAACUUCCCACGACCAACCAAGAAGGUCAAAGCACCGACUGCAGGCUUCUGA